GAGUAGGCAAUUGAGAAGUAAAGUUCUCUCUAAGAUCAAAUUCACAUAUUCACUGUUGUAAACUUUUCCCCUGACCAAUCCGCUGGUGUGUCGGAACUGCUAUUGUUGUAUUGUUGUUGUUUUUGUAGCAGCAUAAAAUAUUGCAAACGUUCGGAAAAUCUCCACGUGUUCAGUGUCGUUUCGGUUAUUUGACUACACAGUCUUUAAAAGUUUUCCGCCAAGUCUCCUUGUAUCUAUGGAAAAUAUAUAUGUAUACUAGUCCUGACACCUGCGCACAUCUUCGACAAGGAGAUUAACUCUUGACGUAAAGAGAAAUAACCUUUCAGUUUAAGAUGAUGGUUGUAAGAUCUGCAAAUUAUGUUCUGUUAGAAAGCCUUAAAUAAAAAAAAUAUUUAUUCUGCGUGUAGCUGUUUCAUAAAUCAGGGCCACUUUUGUAAAAGCAUUCUUCAACACUAAUUUGAUCACAAACUAAUGGCAUCUUCUAAUUAAAUUUUUUUUAUUUUUUCUUUUUCUGAUUGUUUGAUAUUUUUGUCUUUUGAAAACAAAACUCUUUCUAGCAUUAACUUCAAUAUAGUUUUCAAUUUUGAAUAUUUUAAUAUACUAUAAAUUUUUUGGACAUUAUGGAUGUUGGUGGAGAGCGACGUGGUUCCCUCAAAUCGGCGACUGGACGUAGAUUAAGUGCGGCGUUCACAGUUCCUCAAGCGCGGCCAGUUUUGAAGUAUUUGCCCACAUAUCGUCUGGAUCCAAAGUAUCCGCUAAAUAAAGAGGUAUGCGAGAAAAUUAUGCACGCCGUGAUGGACAAUGCAUUCGAAAAUUUUAUGUAUUCGCCCAAAACGUCACUAACAUUGUGUGCACAAAUCAGCGAAGAGAUUAAGAAUCGUAUUAAAGCGCAACACUUUGAUCGUUACCGUUACAUUUGUGUCGUGUCCAUUGGUGAAAAGGUAAUGCAAGGAUACUGUUCGCUGGUAAAUUUUCUUUGGGAUGCAGAAAAGGAUGGUUACAUUUCCUACGUUUAUGAUACCCCAAAAUUUUUCGGUAUCGCCACACUUUACUAUCUUUAUUAUGAUUAGCUCCAAUUCUACGAGGUUUUAAAGAAAUGUCAUGCAUAUAUUAGAUAAAUGUUAUUAUGCAGAAAUAAAAAAAAUAUGUUUGCAAAUCUUGAUAUGAAAAAGAAUAUUUAAAAAAAAACAACGAUGGAAAUAUUAAUAAUGAGUAAAUACUAUAUAUGGAUAUGAAUAGCUUAUAU